AUGGCUUCACUUGAGUGCAUAAAGUUUCUUAUGCGGGGUGGAUUAGCUUUUCGUGGGCACAAUGAAUCAUCAUCUUCAAGCAACAAAGGUAACUUUCUUGAGCUAUUGGAGUUUCAUGCUUGUGGUAGAGAAGAAGUAGAAAGAGUUGUUUUGAGAAAUGCUCCAAAAAAUCUCCAAUUGACCUCCCCAGAUAUCCAGAAAGAUCUUGUUCAUGCAAUGGCUUCUGAAACAACCAAAAAAAUCAUUCAAGAUCUAGGAGAUAACUUCUUUUGCAUAUUAGUUGAUGAGACUCGUGAUGCUUCAACCAAGGAACAAAUGGCCAUUGUUUUACGUUAUGUGAAUGAUCAGGGUUUGGUUAUGGAGAGGUUUCUUGGUACUACUCAUGUGGCAAAUACCAAAGCCUUGACACUUAAGGGUGAAAUUGAAACUAUGCUUUCAAAACAUGGAUUGAGUAUGUCAAGGAUAAGGGGACAAGGCUACGAUGGAGCUAGCAACAUGAAAGGACAAAUCAAUGGGUUGAAGAGUUUGAUCUUAGCUGAAAAUUCUUCUGCUUAUUACAUUCAUUGUUUUGCACAUCAGCUUCAGUUGGCUCUUGUUGCUGUAGCUAAGAAUCAUCUUGAAGUUGGUGAUUUUUUCAAGACUGUCAAUAGUGUGAUGAAUCUGAUUGGAGCAUCUUGCAAACGAUCUGAGUUUAUUCGGGAUGCUCAAGUUGAGAAGAUUGCUGAGGCUGUAGCUGCUAAUGAACGAGAGACUGGAAGGGGAUUGAAUCAAGAAAUGGCUCUUAAAAGACCAGGUGAUACUCGUUGGGGUUCUUACUAUGGGGCGCUUAUCAAUUUGGAUAGCAUGUUUUCUGCUAUUAUUGAUGUGUUGGAUACAAUUCAGAAUGACCCUACUUCUGAGACAGAUACAGCUAUUGAUGCAUGGCGUAUGUCGAUUACACUUCAAGAUUUUAACUUUGUCUUCAUUUUGAAGUUGAUGAUUGAAGUGUUAGCGAUAACGAAUGAGCUAUCACUAGCAUUGCAAAGGAAAGAUCAAGACAUUGUAAAUGCCAUGAAACUUGUUCGUGUGUCAAAGACCAGAUUACAAGAGAUGAGAGACAAUGGAUGGGAGUCUUUGCUUGAUGAUGUAGUUUCAAGCUGCACUAAAGAUUCUAUUCACAUUCCUAUCAUGCAUGAUGUGUAUGUUCUUCCAGGACGGUCAAGGCGCAAAGCUCCGGAUAUCACAAACCUACAUCACUUUCAGGUUGAACUGUUUUACACGGUUGUGGAUAUGCAGCUGCAAGAGUUGAAUAAUCGCUUUGAUGAGGUGAAUACCAGAUUGUUGACUUGCAUGACUUGUUUUAGCCCGGAGUUUGAAUUCGCUGCUUUUGACCUGGAGAAACUGAUGUGUCUUACUAGAUUUUAUCCUGCUGAGUUUGGUUCCAUCCAUGAUACUAUUAUUCGACAACAGUUUAUUGGGUAUCAUCGUGAUGUUACUGCUGAUGAGAGAUUUGCUAGAUUAAAAGGAAUUGAUGAACUUUCUCGAGUAAUGGUGGAGACAAAAGUGCAUCAGUCAUAUCCGUCUGUUUAUUUGCUUCUGAAGCUAGUUUUGACUCUUCCAGUUGCAACUGCAAGUGUAGAAAGAGCAUUUUCAGCUUUAAGUUAUAUCAAGAACAAGCUUCGAAGUCGAAUUGGAGAUCAGUUUGCUAAUGAUUGUUUAGUAGGAUACAUUGAAAGAGACUUACUUACGCAUGUAGACAACGAAUGUAUUUUGCAUUUCUUUCAGAAUAUGAAAACCCGUCGUGGUUGUUUGUGA